GAAUAUUCAAAUAAAUAUAAAUCUCAAUAACAUUGCGUUUAGAUUCAUUCAACUUUCUGGUAUUCUGUUGUUGUAUUUGUAAUUUGUAUACAUUCAUAUAUCAUUCAUUCUUUCAUUCAUUCAUUCAUUCAUCGCCAUUGUCAUUGACUUAGCUUUCUCAAACAAGAUCCAUUCCAUAUACUUGAAUGAUGACAGGGGAAGAAGUUGAAGGCUCAAGCAGCAGCUAUACAGUAGAUGAAGCUCUUAUAACAUUAGGUUUUGGAAAAUUUCAAAUACUCGUUCUUAUUUACGCCGGCAUUGGUUGGAUUUCAGAAGCAAUGGAAAUGAUGUUACUCUCAUUUGUAGGUCCUGCAGUUCAAUCUGCAUGGAACCUUUCCUCUCAUCAAGAAAGUUUCAUAACAAGCGUUGUUUUUGCCGGAAUGUUAAUUGGUGCUUACUCAUGGGGCAUUGUUUCUGAUCAACAUGGAAGGAGAAAAGGAUUUCUUAUUACUGCUACUGUUACUGCUACUGCCGGUUUUUUUAGUUCUUUGUCCCCUAAUUAUGUCUCCUUGCUUGUUUUUCGUUCCCUUGUUGGUCUUGGUUUGGGAGGCGGUCCUGUGUUGUCCUCGUGGUUUCUUGAAUUUGUUCCGGCUCCUAAUAGAGGUACCUGGAUGGUUGUGUUUUCCGGUUUUUGGACUGUUGGCACAAUUUUUGAAGCAUCACUUGCUUGGAUUGUGAUGCCAAGACUGGGUUGGAGAUGGCUUCUUGCACUAUCUUCCCUUCCCACAUCUUUCCUUCUUCUGUUUUACAAAAUGACACCAGAGUCACCAAGAUACCUAUGCUUGAAAGGUAGAACAACUGAAGCAAUUGACGUUUUGGAGACAAUAUCAAGACUAAAUGGCAAAAAGCUUCCUUCCGGUGUCCUUGUUUCUGACAAUCAAAUUGAGCUACAAAAAAUUGACAACCCUUCAGAAGACACGGUUUUACUCUCCCCAAGAAAAAGUGAAGUUGAAUCUCCUAAAGGAAUGAUUUCUAAUUUAGGUGGUAUCUCAUCACUUCGAGUGCUCCUUUCACCCAAAUUAUCAAGGUCAACCCUUCUAUUAUGGGCAGUGUUUUUCGGUAAUGCUUUUUCAUAUUAUGGCCUUGUUUUGCUGACCUCCGAGUUGAAAAGAAAUAGUAAAUGUAUCCCAGAUAAAUUGCAGACAGAGAAGUCCCAGGAUGUAAGUUACAAAGGUGUUUUUAUUGCUAGUUUUGCAGAGCUACCUGGGCUUCUCUUGUCAGCCGUAGCAGUGGAUAAACUCGGUCGUAAGCUAUCAAUGUCGAUCAUGUUCUUCAUGUGUUGUAUUUUCCUUCUCCCAUUAACAUUCUAUCUGCCUGAAGACCUAACAACGGGCCUUUUAUUUGGAGCUCGCAUAUGCAUCACAGUAACCUUCACAAUCGUGUAUAUUUAUGCCCCAGAGAUAUAUCCCACAUCAGUAAGAACCACCGGUGUCGGAGUCGCAAGCUCAGUGGGUAGAAUUGGUGGAAUGUUAUGUCCAUUGGUAGCAGUGGGUUUAGUACAUGGAUGUCAUCAAACUGCAGCUGUCCUUCUGUUUAUAAUUGUAGCUCUUGUUUCAGGAAUAUGUGUUGUGUUCUUUCCGUUUGAGACCAUGGGCCAAGAACUGCAAGAUACUGUGUCAAGUAUAAAGCAGACAGACGAUGUGUAGACAUGAUGACGUUUUAUAUACCUCGGAUUUUAAAUCAUGAAAACAUGACCAGAACAAAUCACUAGUGCACAGUUCUCGAGGAAGAAAAGGAGAGGGAAGAAGUUUGGUCUUUUGACAUAUUUCUCAUUUCAUUAUUAUAUGAUAUGAAUAUGAACUAUCUCCAAUUAUUCGUUCGCACACAUUUUUUUUUGUGUUUGGAAGGAUUUUUUUUAGUGAAUUGUAGAGGGAAUCAUCGUCGAUGAAAAUAAAAUUAACAUGGUUAAUUUAAGGAGGGCAAGUAGCCAAAUUAUCAAA